AUGUUCUCCAAGCUCCCUUGGACCAAUAAGGACUCCAACGACUCUUCCCAGCCGUCCUCCGACUCCGAUGAAUCACUCACCACCAUCCUAAGCACUUCCAAUGAACGCAGCCAGCUUACCCUACUCAUCGCAACAUGCGCGGAGUCAAUGCGACACCGUAUCACCGACACAUUUACAGACACGGAGCCUCUAGACACCGCUCAUCAGCCUGAUAACGAUGAUGCGUUGCAUAACCCUGACACCGACAUUAGCGAGGAUGGCGUCAAUGCUCUUGAUGCCGUGAAGGAGCACGAGAGACGCGCCGCGGAGUUAUACGAGCCCAAGACGAUGGAGCUGAAGGAAGCAGCAUUGGCGGACUUCGACGCAUGGCGGGAUAAAGUUUUUCAGCGAGUAGGCGAGGCGGUCGAUUUACAGGAGGAGGUAAAAGAGCAGAAGGAGGUGAAGAGAGUGGAUACGAAGGGCGAGUCGCAUACACAGUCAAGGUUGUCGUCACAGACUGUGGCAGGCGGUAAGCCAUGGGUUCCGAUGGAGAUGGACGUGGGCGUGAAUGAGACGAUGGUGAAACUCUAUCCGCAAACACCGACGCCGCUUUCGGAGCUACCGGAGGAGAAGCGGGCACUCGUUCUGCACUCGAUAUUACUGCUUCUGCUGAGCUUGGAGCAUUACGUUUCGUAUUCAAGGAUCCUAUUGCUACGUUUAACGACGAGCCUAAAACUCGACAUGGAUUUACUGGCGGAGGAUGAAGGGAAGACGGCCAGGGCCUUGCUCACUGCGGCACUGCAGGAGAUGAAUGCGGACGGGGAGAUGAAGAAAAAGAAGGAAGAGAAUAAGGAAACUCGGCAUUGGAAGGUCGGAUUGGCAAGCGUGGCUGGUGCGGCGCUCAUCGGAGUGACAGGCGGUCUUGCGGCGCCUCUCCUGGCAGCCGGUAUUGGCACCGUUAUGGGCGGCCUCGGCCUCGGCGCCACCGCUGCAGCCGGCUACCUUGGCGCACUCGCCGGCUCUUCCGUCCUCGUCGGCGGACUCUUCGGGGCAUAUGGUGGCCGAAUGACCGGUCAGAUGAUGGACGAGUAUGCGAAAGAAGUAGAGGACUUCGGCUUCCUCCCCAUAUGGCAAUCCAACAAGACCGCGGAUACCGGCAAGACCGCGGAUACCGAGAAAGACAACCGACGACUACGAGUCGCCAUCGGCAUCUCCGGCUGGCUCACCGACCAAGACGAGAUAAUCGAACCAUGGCGAGUGCUCAGUCCGAGCAUCGAAGGGUUCGCGCUCCGCUGGGAGCUGGAACCGUUGCUGAAGCUCGGGAACAGCAUGAGCAUCAUGGUGAAGAGCUAUGCCUGGUCAUAUGCCAGGCGAGAAAUCAUCAAGCGCACCGUCUUCGCGACCUUGUACGCUGGGUUGUGGCCGCUGAACCUGUUGAAGGUGUCUCGCGUUAUCGACAACCCGUUUAGCAUCGCCAAGGCGCGUAGCGAGAAGGCUGGCGAAGUGCUGGCUGAUGCGCUGGUCAACCACGCGCAGGGAGAGCGUCCCGUGACGCUCAUUGGAUACUCUUUGGGCGCUAGGGUGAUAUUCAAAUGCUUGAUAGCCCUCGCCGAAAGGAAGGCGUUUGGGUUGGUCGAGUCUGUUGUCUUGCUGGGAGCACCUACGCCCAGUGACUCUGCAGAUUGGAGAAAAAUGAGGGCCGUGGUCGCUGGUAGGCUGAUCAACGUCUACUCGGACAAUGACUACACCCUUGCUUUCCUCUACAGGAGCAGCUCUAUCCAAUUCGGCAUCGCCGGCUUGCAAGCGAUCCAAGGCGUGAAAGGCGUCGAGAACGUCGACGUCAGCGAGAUGGUUUCGGGCCACACUGCCUACCGGUACUUAACGGGGAAGAUCCUUCAACGGGUCGGGUUUGAAGAUAUCUCAGUGGCCGAGACGGAGCGCGAGGAGAAGGAGCUCCAGGAGGUUCGGGCGCGGGAGGAAGCGGAGAGGCAAGAGAAGGAGAAGCAGAGUAAACCUGUUGACGAGAUCGCGGAAGAGGAGGCGAGGGAUAUAGAAAGGAAGGCGGAGCAGAAGAGUCAGGAGACGCUGAUGUCCCGGGCGACGGAAAACUUGAGCUUGAAUGAGAACGGGGAGGGAGUCAGGAGGGGGACUAAGUAG